AUGGCACCGCUCAUUCUUCCUAUUUCGAGGAACGAGUUCGCACACCACCUUAAGCAAUGCACACCACCCACUGGCUGGCAGAAAUCCAUAGCUGUGGCGCACUCCGCCGGUGCCGACUCGACAUGCCUACUAUUCCUUAUUCGACAACUCGUCGGCACACCUGGUCUACCCAGAAUGGUACACUCCUUCUACGUCAACCACGGCUUUCAAGCCGCGAACAAGGAAAUGGAAGACGUCGCUCGCAGAACCUCGACUCGGCUAGGCGCUACACCACACACUUUACCCAUACCAUGGAGUACACCACCCUUCCCCCCGAAGCCCUCCGAAGACGUUCCUUCGGAGGCGAUUGCACGAGACGCCCGCUAUCGGGUUUUGUUCGACGGCAUGCGAGAAGCCGGUGCUCGCAUUGUUGCGUUUGGACAGCACGCAGACGACCAGGCAGAGACGGCAAUGAUGCGCUGGGCUUUGGGGAGCACGGCGUUGGGACUGGCGGGGACACGUCGAAUACGGAGGUGGGGUAUGGGUAGCGGUAGGAGCGAGGAGGACGUCGACUAUUACGGAUUGGAGGGGAUGAACAUGUGGGUCAUCCGGCCGCUACUGUCAUUUGGCAAGGACAGGAUACUUGCGACUUGUGAGGCGAAUGGCUUGGCAUACGUGGAGGACCCGACCAACUUUCAACCCCAGCAUACCUUGCGCAACGAGAUACGCGGCUACCUGUCACGUCUGCGAGAUCAGCCGAGCCCUGGAGACAUUGAGAGAAACCCUCAAGCGGCUAUUUCUGCACCCUCGCCGACAGUUAAGGCUGCUCUGAUUCAUCGUCUCCAAUCAGUCCAAAAAAACGUCAGCAAAAGACCACAGCUUCCUCUGGAGCUCCAUGGCAAUAUACAUGAUAUGCACCAUAGUAUACGUGAACUCGAGUUCAGGUUCAACGACAUCGAGACGCAAGUGAGCGCUGCACUUGCGCGAACCACGGUGCAUUCUCCUCCAGGAACUAUAUUACUGGCCUCUGGCGCUCAUCUCAGCAGCAUCAAUCUCGAACUGGUCCGCCAGGCUCUAAUAUUGCGCGUCUUGAGAGCAGUCUCGCCCGAACCAUGGGGGUCCCUGGCUUCCCAAGCGAACAGACGCACCGACUCCAUCCAGCGCAUCGCUGAACGAUUGUUCACGCCAUUCGACAAGCUCCCGAAGGAAAAACGUCGACCAUUCAUGGCCGGUGCAUUCGUGAGCUGGCAACCGCUGCGGAUAUGCGCCGACGGCAGUCUCAAGCACUUCAUCGAACCUGAUUUCAGAAAUAAGGAUGGAGUCGACGAGUUUGGUAUGAAGGCUGGGGAUCGUGCCGGUUGGAUGGCUGUGCGAGCUAAACCCCCAUCCUGGAUCAGAGGCCCCGUUGAUAUCUCUAGCUCCAUCGUUGACGCGCAUGAUCAAUGGAGUCAGCAGUCUCAACCGGACCCCGACGCGAUCCACGAAGUCCUCUGGGACAAUCGCUUCACUAUCCGUAUACGCCUCGCGCGAGCACCGGAAACAUUGUUCGAUAACCUUCGAUACGGCGCCCGUGUCCUCGUCAUACCCGAAGGUGCAUGGUGGUGGCCGCGCGUCGUCUUGGUCCAACCGCAUAAGAAGGAGGUGCUGCUGGCGCGUAUCGGUGCCCAGCCGAUGCAAUGGUUACCAGAUUUCGCCCGAUUACGUGGGAUGCUGGGCAUGACGGAGGAAGUGCAGGAUGUCGAGGGGAAGAGUUUCAUGGACUUCAAGUUCGCUCGACCACUUGAUGCUUUGUAG